UUAAGCCGUGGAGGAAGGGCAGGGGUGGCGGCCCGCGGCCACCCUUCCGCCACAGACGCCACACCUCGCCAGACACUCGCGGCGCCUGUUAGCAGUUACCUUUAUCUCGCCCACACUGGGUCGCUGUGACCGUGCGAGGAGCCAUGUCAGUAUAAAGUGGCGGGCACCGGCGAAGACGACUCCACCUUCAGCGUCAAGCUGAUGGAGAACCUGGAGCAUAUCGUGACAUCGGGUGCCACAGGGGUGACCCACGUGGCAGCCGUGGGCACGGUGCAAGGAGUUGCAGGUGUGACCGGGGUCCAGGCCCUCAACAAUGUCAGCGGUGUAAACACCGUUGGCUCCGUGACAGGGGUCGCUGGUGUCACUGGUGUGGCAUGGUACAACUACAGCCCUGAAGCAGUUGGUCAGCUCAUCACCAGUGGACCUGCAGUUCAAGUUGAGCUUGGGAGCCCCGACAUUGCUCGGCAGUUCAACCAGCAAGUCCAGGCACAGUAUGGUAAUCUUCAGGUCCAGGUGCAGGCAGUUACUGCUCCAGCUCCAGUCACCAAACCACCACCAGCCUCCACACCUGAGCCGCUCCUGGUGGUGAAGCAGCCCAAGUCACGUGUGCGUCAGAGUGGUGGGGAGCGCGUCCCCUGCCCCGAGUGUGGAAAAACGGUUUCCUGUAAUGCCACACUGCGUGACCACCUCCGUACCCACACCGGUGAGAGGCCCUUUGUGUGUGGUGAGUGUGGCCUGGCCUUUGCACAGCGCUCCAACCUGCGGAUGCACAAACGACUACACACUGGUGAACGGCCAUACAUGUGUGGCAUAUGUGGCAAGACAUUUGCCAGAUCCUCUCACCUGCCGGCUCACAUGAGAACACACACUGGCGAGAAGCCUUAUGUCUGCCAGGAGUGCAAUCAUGCCUUCAUCACAGCCCAACAACUCAAGAACCACUUCCGUGUGCACACUGGGGAGAAGCCGUGGAAGUGUGACCUAUGCAACGCUGCCUUCACCCACUCCUCAUCCCUCUCAACGCACAAGAAGAAGCACACGGGGCAGAAGCCUUUCCAGUGUGAGAAGUGCAGCAAGGCAUUCUUCUUCAGCUCUGCCCUGGACAAGCACAUGAAAGUUCAUUCCAAGUCACGUCCAUUUAAGUGUGAUUCGUGUGACAAGGCAUUCAAAUACAAAGAGAGCUUGACUGUACACAAAGAAAAGUAUUGUGGGAAGGAAGUCUCCAAGAAGCCUAGGGCUCCCCGCCGUCCUGAUGCCAAGAAGCCCGGCCCCAAACCUGGUAGUGGCAGGAAGUAUGUCCAGAAGAGGAAAGGACGACCGAGAGGACGACCCCGCAAGAGGGGUCGUGGCAAGAGGGGCAGGCCAAGAAAGUACAUCAAGGAGGAGGACUAUGAGGAGGAGGAGGAGGAUAUUGAUGGAGAGCUGGAGACUGAGGAUGUCCCUAUUGAUGAAAUGAAUGUGGAGGAACAGCCAGAAGAAAUCAUUCCAGAGGCCAUAAUUGACCCAUUGAAGAUAGAGAAGAUGGUAGAGGAAUCAGACCUUCAGCAUGAGCAGCUGGAGCAGCACCAUGAGGAGAUCCAUCACCACCAGCUACAGGCAGAACACCUUCACCAUGCCACACAUGAGAUACACAUUGAGGAUGCCACUGCACUCACCAUUGUUUCCCCAGAAGAGGCUGAGCAGCAGGCAGCAGCAGCUGGAGGUGUGCAGCUGGUGACCCUCCACCCUGAGGUUCCAAUCCAAAUUGUGUCUCAUGAUCCCCAGACCCAAGUGACCCACCAGUUGAUUACCAGGGAUGGCGUUCAGAUGUGGUACCCCAGACAGUACCAGUGAGUGUGGGGCAUGCAUGUUUUGAAAUAUAUAUUGCCUUUGCUACUUUGUGCUCAGUAAUGUUCAUGAAUUCUAAUAUGCAUCUUAUAAAAAUGUAAGUUUGACAUUUUUUAUAGCUAAAGGUAAUGCUGCUUUCAUGAUAAAACUCAGUUUUAAUUGUACUAUAUCUUUUAGAACAUCAAAAAAAUCCUCACUUGCAAUUUGGUGCCUGUUAGAAAUUAAGGUAUUGAUUAUUACUUUUAAAUUGCUGAACUUAAUUGGUAGAAUUAUAAAGUAAACCUACUUGUGCCAAUGGGUGUUUUCAAAAGAAAGAUACUGUAGUUUCCCCUUAAGUGCAAGCUAGCUGAUACAAUAAAUAUUUUUAUUUUAAAAGCUUACCAUAUAAAUCAUGAAAUAUUUUUAAUUUUGAUACACUAAAGAGAACUCCCAAUUCACUUAAUCAUAUAAUUUUAUAUUGGAUCAUAAGUUUGAUAAUUUUGAGAGGAUACUCUCUGCAUGUUCUUGGUGCUUACACCCAGUAUGGUAGUUGGCUUGUGUGAACCUGUGCUCAGUGGCACUAUACUGUUCAGAGGCAGUAGCAAAGUUGGGGUUGUGAGUAACCUAAAAAGCCAGUUGUUCAACAGUUGGCAUUAGGGGGAAUGGUAAACUGCUUGUUCAUACCUAUUACCAAGUAGCUUAAUGUGAACUAAAUUACAUUUGAUAAAAGAAUGGAGCAUAUGUGUUCUCAUUCACACUGCACAGUUUUGAUAUACAGGUACCUCUCAGUUUACACGAGUAUAUUGUGUUAUUGCUGAGUUUGCUUAUUAAAUAUUUUGCAUAAUUCAAACAUGGUGCAGGUCUGGGUUGCCAACUAAUACCAUUUCAAGUAGCCCAUAAAAGCAGCCCUAAACUGCCUGAAUAGCAUGUGAAAGGCAGAAAACCCACCUGUCUUGCGUUCUGUUGACCUGUUAGCCACGCAACAUCAUGCAAUGGAGCUAACAAGUUGUGCCAAGAUGGCAGCAAUAGCUAAACACCCUGCCAAGCUGUGCAGGCAAGGGGGUAGUGUUUAUAAACAAAGGAGACAUAGUUAUAUUAGUGUGGCCAAUGUCAUUUCAGCAUCUUUUUACCUUCUACAAAUGUUUUGGUCAUCUAUGAUUGCUGUUUCCAGUAAAUGAUUGUCUGUAAAACUUGCUGAGGGAAUAUUGUGAUGGAGCUGUUGUGUGGGAUACCAUUUUUAUUGUGCUCAGCUGAUCCACUGUCCAGUUUGGCUCAUCUCUCCACCUGGGGAGUUGUGUGGUUAGUAGGUCUGCAUGAACCCCAGACAUAAAUUUUGGCUUGGAUCACAUUGCCUUAUUUUAAAGAAAUGUAAGAAAAAAUAUUGGGUUUUUAACAUAGUAUUAAACCAAAUUCGUUUAAUAUUUUAAACUCGAGUAAGACGAGGUACCUGUAUAUACUUUUAUGGGAAAUGACAUUCUCCUAAAGAGGAAGUUGCAUAGUGUUCUUGGUAAGCUGAUAUUUAGAUUUACUAAUAUUUUGGGUCACAUAAAAACCUGAAUUUUCAUUUUAGGGAUUUAAUUGUUUUGAGGAAUGGCCACAGUAAUGAUAAAAAUAUGCCGUUUUGCAUUCCAUUAGAUGAAGUAAUGGGUGUUCAUUGGUGGAGUAACUAAUCAAGUGUAUAAUACCAAGCUGUUGAUGUAAAUGGUGCACCACAUCAGAUUCAAGGAAGUGUACAUGUUAUAUGCUGCACAGAACAACCUGCACUACGUUCAUGUAAAGCUAAGUGAUAGGAACUAAACAAUGAGGAAGAAAACAAUUUUUCUCUUCACUAUAAGAAAGCAACAGCUGUCUUGUAUAAACUUUAAGUAUGUAUUGUCUGUUGGAGGCCUGAAUAUUGCCACUGAGGAACAGUGCUUACUACCACUACAGUGACACUAUUGCUUUUAAGAGACUGUACGUACCUGCAGUAUUUAAAAACUUUUAAUAUCAUUAAGCAACACUUUUGUCAGUACUGCCAUCAGGUAUUCAGAAUUUUGUAGCUUGGAGUGUGUACUGUGUCCACCUAUUACAGAGCAAUUUACCCGGAAGUGGAACUUUCCAGGGCAAAUCAUAAUCAUGUAGUGCUGACUGCAAGUAUAAUGAAGUAAAUGUGAUAAGAGUUUUGUCAGGCACUUUAUACUUGUACAGAA